CAUACGAUAUCUAGUUUUUCUUUUGGGCCGAACAGGCACACAAUCUAAUGAAUUCUGGUCUAAUUAAUUUUUUAUCGGACUCUUUAAGACCUAAGUGGUAUCGACAAUGGUUUAGUAUUACGAUUCGAACGCAAGGGAACACUACGCUAAGUUUCUAAAUUAAUAAAUCAGUUGAAUCAUCAUAGAUAUCGAAACACUGAAAAGUAGUAAAUUCUUUCAAAUAUAAUUAAAAAUAAAAAUUGCAAGUCAUUCCGAUGUAUGGAACAAAUAUUACUCUCCGUCAAGGUCCAAAAUAUGGGUAUUUCGAGAUUUUUACUGAAACAAUAAAUUCUACUUACCAUAAAACUACUUCAGCCUAAAAUUGUCAUAAAACUAUAUAUAAAAAAAGUGUUAACUCUUUUUCCCUAAACGUCUUCUUCUUUGUGGGAUAACAAUGAUGAAAAAAGUUGUAAUUCAUUUCUGCGCCACCUUCAAGAUGAAAAUUAUAGCCUAUUUAGGUUUUGAUGGCCCUUUACGAAAAAAAUAUAGAAUUUGAGCCACUACUCAUCGACAUAACAAAAGGAGAGCAGUAUUCAUCAUGGUUUCUAGAAAUUAAUCCUCGAGGAGAAAUUCCAGUGCUCAAAGUCAACAACUCAAUUAUACCUGAUUCAACAAGAAUUUUAGAUUUCUUGGAGUUUCAUCUUAAUCAAGAAACACCUCCUUUGAUAAAUUUAUCGACAGACAGUAAGGUAUUAAGCAAUAUAAACAAGUUUCGUGAAAUGAUUGAAGCCUUGCCUGCAGGCCUGAUAACUGUUGGAUCAUUCUUUCAUCCACACUUAUGUGGCAGUCCUAAGUUGCCAUUUAUCUUACCAGUCAGAGAAGUACUUAAAAGUGGAGAUUUAUCAAGUUCCAAGAAUUUGCGAAAAUUAGCAAAAGAAAAUCCUAAAGCUGAGAAGGUAUUGCUAUACAAAGCUGAGAUUCAAGAUAGAAAACAUGAAAUAUUGUCAAAUGAAGAAGAGUAUUUAAAGGUUCUUAAUAUUGUUGAUGAAGUUUUAUCGCAAGUAGAACUGCAGCUUGCAAAACAAAGUGAAGGUAAUUGGCUGUGCUGUGAGCAGUUCAGCAUAGCUGAUAUCAAUUUGGCAGUAUUGUUACAACGUCUUUGGGAAUUGGGUCUGGAGGAAAGAUUUUGGUUGAAUGGCAAACGUCCCCAGAUUGAUAACUACUAUCAUCGAAUCAAAGAACGUGAAUCAUUUAAAAAGACAAUACCAAGUCUUCCAGUGCAUAUUAAGAUGAUAAUAACAUCACAGCCUCCAGCUUAUGUUGGUGCUGCAGGAGCUGUAUCUGUUGGUGUAGUUAUUGCAUUGGCAUUUAUUUUCAAGAAGUUGAUUCAUUAGCAAGUCCCAAAAUACAUGCAGAUGGUGGAGUUAAUGUUAUAGUAGCACAAUCUUGAAUAUUAAAAUUAAUAAAUUCAUGUGAUAUUUUCAUCAGUAUUAUAAAUAUUUUAUUGUAAAUUCAAGUAAAAGCAGUGGAAAUAAUGUGUAAAUAAAAUUGUCCCUUUCUAAUAAUUGUCUACUAUGUUUUGAAUAAGUGUAGCCUGAAUUUGUUCAAACAUAAUUUUAUUUUCACUGUUAAUUAUGAAUAGACAUGUAUACAUUUCCAAAUGUAAUUUUAAUUAAAUAUAGCAUAUGAGAUUAUAUGAUAAUAUA